AUGCGCCUCAUCAAGAACAAAAUCGAGCAUGGUGGCUCAGGGACGGUCACAUUAUGCCCCGAGGAGCCCGAGGACAUGUGGCACGCGUACAAUCUUAUCCGCCCGGGUGAUAUCGUCCGCGCCAGUGCCAUUCGCCGUGUCACCUCAACCCAAGACACAGGCUCAACGUCUUCUAUCCGCGUCCACCUCACCCUCGAGAUCCGUGUCAAGAGCCUCGACUUCGACCCGCAAAGCUCCCAGCUCCAUGUGUCCGGACAAAUCAUCAACGAGACAGCCCACACCAAGAUCGGCCAAUUUCACACCCUCGACUUGGAAUUGAACCGCAACUUCACAUUAGAAAAGAAGAUCGGUGCGGAUGGCGAAGGUGUCGGGUGGGACAGUAUUGCCGUAGAGCAGCUCAAGGAUGCCGUGGAUGAGGGUGGAAAACGUCGUGCUGAGGCUGUCGCCGUCGUCAUGCAAGAAGGCUUGGCACAUAUUUGCUUUAUCGGUCAAUUCCAGACGAUAAUGAAGCAGAAGGUUGAAAUGUCGGUGCCGCGGAAACGGCAGGGUGGAAGCGAUCAUGAUAAAGGAAUGAACAAAUUCUUCCGCACGACUCUGGAUACCCUUCUUCGGCAGAUAGAAUUCAACACCAGCAUCACAUCCGGCUCGAACAACGAGUCUGUGCGUCCAGUUCUACUUGCUUCGCCUGGCUUUGUCGCUGCCGGCUUCCACAAGUACAUCCAAUCUGAAGCAUCAACAACAACACCCGGAUUGAAGCGAUUGCUCCCCAGCAUUGUGGUCGUACAUUCCGCUUCGGGAUACCUGAACUCCCUCGCCGAGGUUCUCCAAUCUCCGGCAGUCAAGACCCUCCUUGCCGACACCAAAUAUGCGCGUGAGACCAGGUUGAUGGACGAUUUUCUGGACCAGCUGCGCAGGGAGACGAACAAAGCCACGUACGGUCCGCGAGAAGUUGAGUCAGCAGUUGACCAGGGCGCAGUUGGCCGAGGCGGCGGUGUGCUCAUCAUGUCGAACCGUCUCUUCCGGUCUCAAGACGUUGCCGAGCGGAAACGAUGGGUGGCGCUCGUGGACCGAGUGCGAGAUGUGGAGGGUGGUGACGUACGGAUUCUCAGUUCUGACCAUGAGAGUGGGAAGCGUCUUGAGGGUCUUGGUGGUAUUGCGGCGCUUUUGACCUUCCCUGUCGUUGAGGAAGAAUUGGACUCUGAUGACGAGUAG